CGUGUGUGUAUAUGUGUGUGUUUGUGCGUGUGUUGGGGGUGUAACUGGCGACCCUGCGAGGCGCACAACUGGUCGGCUGGUUCAUCUGGAGGAAUUUUGCACCGCACCAAACUCUUCACCCGCAGGCACGAACAGCGCGUCCUGGGCGUGUGAAAUCAAAACUUCAUUUCUUCACAUGAGCGAACCGGACCCAAGAGGCGAGCGGACCCGCAUCCUGACCUCAGCCCUGUUGAGUCUGUAGGGUAUGGCUGUGCGGUCCAGGACGGGAUUCUACCGGCAGGAGGUAAACAGAACUGUGUGGGAGGUUCCGGAGAGGUACCGGGACUUGAAGCAGGUCGGAACAGGAGCCUACGGAACUGUGUGCUCAGCAUGGGACCGCCGGACAAGCACGCAGGUGGCCAUCAAGAAGCUCCACCGGCCCUUCCAGUCCAAACUUUUUGCCAAAAGGGCGUACAGAGAGCUGCGACUCCUCAAACACAUGAAGCAUGAAAAUGUGAUUGGACUGCUGGACGUCUUCACUGCUGAAAUCUCAUUGGACCGGCUUCGUGACUUCUACCUGGUGAUGCCGUUCAUGGGCACUGACCUUGGGAAGCUGAUGAAGCUGGAGAGAUUAUCAGAGGACAGAGUGCAGUUCCUGGUCUAUCAGAUGCUGAAAGGGCUCAAGUAUAUCCACUCUGCAGGGAUCAUCCACAGGGACCUUAAACCUGGAAAUUUAGCCAUUAACCCGGACUGUGAGUUAAAGAUUCUUGACUUUGGCCUGGCGAGGCAGGCAGACGCAGAAAUGACCGGCUACGUUGUGACACGCUGGUACAGAGCGCCCGAGGUUAUCCUCAACUGGAUGCACUACACGCAAACUGUGGAUAUCUGGUCUGCAGGUUGCAUCAUGGCAGAGAUGCUGCUGGGAAAGCCGCUGUUUAAAGGAAGCGAUCACCUGGACCAACUCAGAGAAAUCAUGAAGAUUACAGGAACGCCAGCCGCCGACUUUGUUGUGAAGCUACAGAGUCAAGAUGCCAAAAACUACAUCAGAAGUCUACCAAAAGUGCCAAAGAAAGACUUGCACUCUGUUUUCUCCAAAGCUAGUUCAAAUGCAGUGUGUGUCUUGGAAAAGAUGCUGCUUCUGGACCCCGAGCGGAGGGUGAGCGCCUCGGAGGCGCUGGACCUGCCUUUCUUUAGCGAGUUCAGGGACGCAGAGGAGGAGACUGAGGCGCAGCCGUACGAUCAGACCAUGGACAACACAGACCUGCCGCUGGACCAGUGGAAACGUCACACUUUCACAGAGAUACUGACCUUCAGGCCGCCCAGGGACUCAAAGGAGACGUCACUUUAAGAGCACACAUACACAACAUACCUCUGCACACACAUUCUCACACUCACACGCUCACACACUUAGAAACGUGCACCCAAAAAUAUUCUUUUCCUUUGUUGUAUUUGUGUAGCCUAAAUGGAUGUUACUAGUUUUUGCCUUCAAGUUUUUGCUUUCAAUAAAUGUGAUUUGCUCACUUUUUAAUAAACUCAGUUGUG